GUGUGGUGUGUGUAUGUAUGUGUGUGUGUGUUAGGAACCAUCCCAGGUCCUCUGGAAGAGCAACGGGUGCUCCUAACUGCUGAGACAUCUCUCCAGCCCAAGUCUUAUAUGUUCAUGUGUUUUUCUGAAAACUCUCUGGACCCUGGUACACAGGGCUUAGCACCCAAGUUCUAUGGAUUACAUCACAGUACCCACAGUACCCAAGAAAGUUCCUAAGUUCUUCCUGUAGUCUUCAGCCAUGCUGGCCAUUCUGUGGCUGGCUAGUCUUUCUCUUCCUGUGCUGUGGGCCCAGAAACUAAUCAACUGUCCGUAUAAGAAUCUGUGCCAGUACGCCUUACUCUCGGGCAAUGACGUGGUCCUGCAGUGUAACCACCCCAAAGCACUAUGGUAUUUUUCUUCAUCUCUGGAGGAUGAACUGUCCCUGCUCAACUCCAUACCCAACGUGAAGAUACUCUCUGGGAGCAACCUGCAAUUACUCAAACCUCAGCCGUCCCAGACAGGGCUUUAUCGCUGUCUGGAUAAUUACAAGGCCCGUGUGGUGGAAUAUGAGAUUGACUUUCAGGAUAUAAGCCUGCUACGUAUCACACACAAAGACCUGGGCCAAAGGCCCCUGGAAAAUGAGACCAUGAACCUAGGAGGCGAGGUACUCGUUUUUACCCACUGGGAUCCUUGGCAAGACUGUAACCGUUGCGAAAAGCCGGGGGAGCGCAAACGACUGGGUUACUGCUACGUGGAGGAGCCGCUAGGAAAACCCAUGCCCUGCUGGCUCUACCUGGGAAAGGAGAAGGUGACCCACAUCCGCCUGCGGCCUGAACUCCAGUUACAAGCCUGCCAGGUGCCCUGUGACACCAUCACAGAAACCACUCAGCCAUAUUUCGUCUUUGACACUCAGCAGCUGGACAAAACCUCCAACCACGGGUGGCUCAGCUGUCCCUUGGCUUCCAUCUACAGGCCUAUUCACUGGGAAGCCAACGACACUGCUCUGACCUGGCAGGACCAGCUUUCUGGCAAGCUUUCUGGCAGCUUAAUGGACCCGGUCAGUGGUGGCCAGCAGCUGCAGAUCUUCCAGCCAGCCAUUUACAGAUGUUUCGUGCAACAGGAACUGAUAGCCCAGUUCAGCCCCGCAGCCUCUGUGGAACUGCUGGAGGCUGAGAGACAAACCAAAGGCCAGGGGCGUUGGCAGCCCAGGGCCCAGCCCGGCAAAGCAGACUCCGUCCUCAGGGGCCUGAAGUUGAUGCUGCUCAUGGUCUCUGUCCUGGUCGUGUGGGGGCUUCUCUGUAAGGUGGUCUUUCGUCCCACCCGGGGCAAGAGGAGGAAUCUGGUCCUCCUGGUGAAAUAA